ACUGACGGCGCGCCGAUCACGUGAUCUUUCGACCAGUUUCACAACCUCACUUUCGUGCUGGAAUUUCUUGCUCAGGAAGAAAAUGUUGAAAAGCGUGAAAUCCCUCUCGGGAUGGUUGCCCCAAGUCAGGGGAAUGUGCUACAAGAGUGACUUGAGCCUAGAGAAGCUCUAUCCAAAGACCAAGACGAAAAUAUUCACUCCUUCGUCGCCGCCUGCGAGAUCUGACACGAAAUUCAACGGAUAUAUCCCCGUGGAGCAGCUGGAGAUCACAUACAGCCGCAGCAGCGGUCCCGGCGGUCAGAAUGUCAACAUGGUAAACACGAAGGUGGAUUUGCGGUUCAAGCUGGACUCCGCUUCCUGGAUUCCGGAGGGCGUGCGAGCGAAGAUGCACGAGAACUUCAAGAGCAGGAUUAACAAGGACGGCUAUUUCAUGGUCAAGAGUGACUUGACGAGGUUUCAGCACAUGAAUCUGGCGGAUGCUCUCGAGAAGCUGCGCAAUUUGAUCCGGAACCUGGAGAAGGGUGAACAUGUGGAGCCCUCAGUGGACGCCCUGAUUCGCCAGCGGCGACUGAAGGACAGAGCCAAUGCCCAGCGAUUGCUGGUGAAGCGAGAGAGAUCCCAGAUAAAGGCUCAGCGACAGGCGCCCAUAGAUUUCUGAGCAUAGAAAGUACACACUUUGUAAUUACAAAAAUACAUUAGUUCAUUUUUGAUUGAUCGAGAUACAAAACAUCCUUCCUGGGCGCCCGGAAAAAGGGGGCUCGGAAGGGCUA